GUUGGUGGGUGACCCCGGGAGAGGUACCGGGCGAGAGGCGAAUCCCGAGGAGUGGUAGCGCGCGCAGUCCGCGGCUUCACGCCCAGCCCCUGCCUGUCCCCCAUGGCCCCAUGGAGCCGAGAGGCGGUGCUCAGUCUCUACCGGGCCCUGCUGCGCCAGGGUCGAGAGCUUCGCUACACUGACCGAGACUUCUACCUUGCCUCCAUACGCCGUGAGUUCCGGAAAAAUCAGAAGCUAGAGGAUCCUGAGGCCCGGGAGAGGCAGCUGGAAAAGGGCCUGGUCUUCCUCCACAGCAAAUUGGGGGGAAUUAUUUAGGAUCCCCUCCUUUCCCUUCUCAUCCUAAUUCCAAGGGAAAGAGAACAAAGGUGUCUUCCGUAGACACUCCUGCUCUUUCCCAUUCCUACCUCA